AUGUCCGCCGCCGUGGCGUGCCUGGACUACUUCGCCGCCGAGUGCUUGGUGUCCAUGUCCGCGGGCGCCGUGGUUCACCGCCGCCCGCCGGACCCCGAGGGCGCGGGCGGAGCCGCCGGCUCGGAGGUGGGUGCGGCGCCGCCGGAGUCCGCUCUGCCGGGUCCGGGGCCACCGGGACCCGCGUCGGUCCCCCCGCUCCCCCAGGUCCCCGCCCCCAGCCCCGGCGCGGGCGGCGCCGCGCCCCACCUGCUGGCUGCAAGCGUCUUGGCUGACUUGCGCGGCGGCUCCGGGGAGGGCUUCGGGGAGAACUCGGGGGAAGCUCCGCGCGCCUCGCCCGGCUCCUCCGGCCCGACCCCGUGCUCAGAGCCGGCCCCGACCGCCAGCGCGGCGCAGAUCUCCGGACCCGCGCACUCCGCCGGCGCGCUCGAGGUCCCCGGAGCGCCCGCCGUCCCCGGAGCGCCUGCGGUCCCCGGGGCGGGCCCCGGCGCGGCCCCAGGGGCCUGCCCCGCCCCCGCCACAGGUCCAGUCCCCCGUCGGAGGCCGGUUACACCUGCUGCCAAGCGCCACCGUUGCCCCUUUCCGGGCUGCAACAAAGCCUAUUACAAGUCGUCGCAUCUGAAGUCCCACCAGCGCACCCACACGGGCGAGCGCCCUUUCUCCUGCGACUGGCUCGACUGCGACAAGAAGUUCACGCGCUCCGACGAGCUGGCCCGCCACUACAGGACGCACACGGGCGAGAAGCGCUUCUCCUGCCCCCUCUGCCCCAAGCAGUUCUCCCGGAGCGACCAUCUGACCAAGCACGCUCGUCGCCACCCAGCCUAUCAUCCCGACAUGAUCGAGUACCGCGGGCGCCGUCGCACUCCCCGCGUCGACUCGCAACCCACCAGCCUGGUGGACAGCUCCGGCUCCGUCCCUGGCCAGGCGCCCAGCUUCACCACCUGCCUGUCAGACGGUCAUUGCUGUUAGUCGUCCCCGCAAGGACGAUCCCCAGGCCGUUGUCCCUGCCUUUUCUUUGCCCAUCCCUCUUUUCCCGGAGUCAUUAGACCAAGGCACAGACUGGUUCCUCCGCUUCGAGGGUUGGUCCGGGCAGGCACGUUGGACCCUGGGGAGGGACUGGGGGCCCGAAAAUAGCAGGAAUUCUUACAACACGUGUACCAACCUAAAAGGGAGGGUUGCCUCAGGACAGCCCCCUGGAACUGGUGAGGAGGGAUGAACCCCGGUGCUCUCUCCAGAGUCCUGAAGAGUCUCCCUUCCAUGGAACCAGAGAUGUAAAACUGGAAUUCUCAGGUGCUUGAGGAGCCCCCAGUCUCAAAGGACUCUGGUGUCUUACCCACCCACGAGGGGAGGACCUUGGAGAGGGUGUCAGGGGUGGCAGUCUUGGAAAUGUCCAGGACUGGGAUGGUGAGAGGCCUUUGGAAACAGAAAUGAUUUCUAUUUCUGUAAAUAGCAAUGUUUACUAAUUUAUUUUUAGUAUCUUUUAAACAGGGAUCCCAGGUUGAUGGGAGGUUGAUGUCCUCCACUCCCCUAAUUGCCCCAGCUACCUCUGCUAGGAGAGGCCAUGUAAGAGUCCAUGUGAAUGUAUGGCUGGGAGAUGCUUCUUGGUGUCUGGGGAGUGGUGCGAGUCUGUUUGCAGGUCCUGUUGCAUGGUUUGGACCCUGCACUUGCGUCAUAGCCUUUCUUCCCAUUUGGAUUCCUACUUGGGGAGGGUAACUUCCUGGCUCACUCUCACAGUGAGACUGGUUUCAAAAUUUGGAAACAACCAUAGAAGCAACAGAAAUGAAAGAGUGAUCCAGGCUAGUUCCCCUUUCACCCUCUAGUGACUUUGGGUGAAAUAGGUCCACAACAAGACCUUUCAGGACCAUUGUUAACAUUCAGGGAAAUAGGGGCAUGUGGUUCCAGCUGCCCAGUCCAAGUAAUCUCAGGUGUGGUAGAUUCUGUUCGUUUCUUAGUGGCUAGUGAGGGGGGGGUUUAUUUCCCUUGGGAACUGUGCAUUUUUGUUUUUGCAGCAAGUGAGUUGAUGGUUUGGGGAAGGGAAGAUGAGAGUGGCUUUCUCCAAAGAUCUGGCUGCCUUGGAUUUGGGGAAGGAACAGCAAAGUGAAAAUUAUUAUCAAAUAGUAGGACCCUUCUCCCUUGACCUUGAAGUCCCUCCAAGUUACACCCUCAGGACCCCUCUGCCCCAAUGCAGGAAUCAAGCAUCAGCAGUAUUUAUUCUUCCUAUAUGUGUCUGCUGCAAUGAAUGAAGUUGUUGGCCACUCUGCUUAUAUAUGUGUGAAUGUGUAUACAUGUGACCUUUUUACUAGAGAUGGGGCUGAAAGGAAUUUCCUGCUCUGGUAAGGCUCCUGCAGCCCCCCUCCUGAAUGUCUUGUAAUAGUCCAUCAAUCCCAUUUGUGGAGGGUGCCAUAAUCUCAAAGGACCAUAACAGGCAUCUAGGUAGACAAACUGCUUUCCCCUGUUUUGCAGAUGAAGACACCAAAGCCAGGAUAAGUUCAAAGUCUCAUGCUGAGUUGCUGGCAAAAGCCAGGACUAGAACUUAGGUAUCUGGCUUUCUAAGUGAUUCUUUCCCUCAGGCUUGGUUACCUCACCUCCUCUCUGGGCCCUUAGCCAAAGGACACCACUCUCCCUUCCUGCCAUCAGUAUUCCCUUCCUCCCUCCCUAAUUCCUAUCACUUCUAAAUUCCUUCAGAUGUCUAGUCCCUGCUGAAUAUUUUGCCUGUUGUGUUUAACCCCAAAGCCCUUUUCUUAGCAGGUUGAGUCCAUUUCCUCCUUCCACAUCAUAUGAACCUAAAAUGGGAAUUACUGUUUGGCAUUUGGGGAGAGACUUUAUUUUUUUGACCUGGUAGAUUAAUUUUCAGUGCCAAUUCUGUUCUUUCGCUGGUCCUGGGCAUUCUAUUUUCCUCGAGGGAGUGAGUGAUACAGACUUGACAUUGGGACUCUACUAGGUGCUCUUGCACUGAGGGAGAGGUCCUUAAGAAGGACCCAAAGGGUAUGCCCUGUGACUUUGAAGGGGUCAAUGUUUCCUGAUGCAGACUAAGUGGGGUGGGUGGGGCUCUUUUUUGGGUUACAUAUGGGAAGAGGAGGCCCCCAAUUGUGCAGGUGGACCUUGGUGGUGGGAAGAGUCCUCCUUUUGCUCUGUUUGUCUCUUCAGCUGGAGCUGG